AGUCAGCUUGCCCGCUUAGCGCGGGCCAGGCUGGGUGUAGGUGGAUGCCUGGUCCAGAGCGCCCUGGCUGAGGUGAGGCUGUCGCUUUGCAGGUGGGCAAGGACAGCCAGCAGACAGCGUCUCGGGCUGGCUGCCUCUGCUUCUGGCCAAGGGCGCUGAUGAUGCCGCGACACCUGGGAGGAGGGAUAGUGGAGGAGGCAGUGGUCGCAGCCAGAGGGGCCACCCAGCAGCGGGAGAACCCGCGGGAGGGACAAGCGGCCGGCGGCGACGCGGCCUUGGGGGGCAUGGAUGUGAAGAACGAUGGCCUUUAGGUUUUGCCCAGGGCUAACCCUCGCCGCCUAUUUCAUGUCCACUCACACCCGCAACCCUGUGAGGCCUAUCGCCGUGAGGCCCGCAGCCUUUUCCAGGCUGGCCCUCUAAGGCUGAGGCGGUGCUAUGAGUCCACUCUUGGUGUCCUGGUGCAUGGCUGGAACUGCCAACUUGCGCCGUGCUUGGGGCAGUUCUCAGUUUGGAUAGCAGCACGGGACAGGUCGGUCACACGCUGGCUCUCGAGGCUUCAGGACACUCCAGAAGGCCACUUCCGAAGCAAGGUCUGUCGUCCUCUUCUGACCAUCUGUCCACUGCCCCAGCCGAAUGGGGCUGAGUUUGUCUGUUUUCUCUCCCUGAGAGUAAGUUGGAGAGGCCUCAGGCUGGGGCUGCCUCCUGCUUACCACCGAUCCCAACCCAGAUGGCUGCCAAGUCCUGCUCCCGGACUCCGGGUGAGAUGCCUCUGACCUUCCAGGAUGUGGCUGUGUACUUCUCCAGGGCGGAAGGGCAGCAGCUUAGCCCCCAGGAGCGGGCGCUGUACCGGGAUGUGAUGUUGGAGAACUAUGGGAACGUGGCCUCACUGGGAUUCCCAGGCCCUAAGCCAGAGCUGAUCUCCCAGCUGGAGCAAGAGGAGGAGCUGUGGGUCCUGGAUCUUCUCGGGGCUGAGGAACCAGAAGUCUUGAGAAGCUGCGGGACAGAUUCUGAGAUCAAGUCUGAGAAGGAGCGAUCCAUUUUAAACCAGAAAUGUUCCGAAGAAGUAAAAACCCCAGAAUUAUCACAAAAGUUCCCAAGGGCUAAUUCACAGGCAUCUGAAUCCAAGGAAGCUUGUGCCCAUGAAAGUCAGGGAGAUGGGAGCCAAGGAAGCUCUGCGACUCAGGGUUUGAAGGGUGUUGCUAAAAAGGACUCCACAGUCUGUAGGGAGCACCUGCCAGAGAACACCCAGGCUUCUUCUGCAUUUGACAAACACUUGAAUCCCAGCCAAAGUGGUGUUACAAUUCAAAGAAAUAAAACGGGACAGAGAAUCUUUAAAUGUGACAUAUGCAAUAAAAUGUUUAAAUAUAACUCAGACCUAAGUCGGCAUCGCAGGAGUCACACGGGGGAAAAGCCUUACGAAUGCGGUCCGUGUGGGCGGGCUUUUACUCACAGCUCAAAUCUUAUUCUUCACCAGCGAAUUCACACUGGGAAUAAACCAUUUAAGUGUGAUGAAUGUGGGAAAACUUUUGGGCUCAAUUCCUAUCUCCGUCUGCAUCAGAGAAUUCACACUGGAGAAAAGCCGUUUGGGUGUAACGAGUGUGGGAAGGCCUUCAGUAGAAGUUCAAGUCUCAUUCAGCACCGUAUAAUACACACAGGGGAGAAACCCUACAAGUGCAAUGAGUGUGGGAAAGCCUUCAGCCAGAGUCCCCAGCUAACUCAGCACCAGAGGAUCCACACCGGGGAGAAGCCCCACGGGUGCAGCUGGUGUGGAAAGGCUUUCAGUCGGAACGCAAGCCUUAUUCAGCACCAGAGGAUCCACACGGGGGAGAAGCCCCACAAAUGCACUCAGUGUGGGAAAGCCUUCAGCCAGAGCUCCAGCCUUUUCCUUCACCACAGGGUUCACACCGGAGAGAAGCCCUAUGUGUGUGGAGAAUGCGGACGGGCCUUCGGCUUCAAUUCUCAUCUUACGGAGCACGUUAGGAUUCACACUGGGGAGAAGCCCUAUGUUUGCGGCGAGUGCGGCAAAGCCUUCAGCCGUAGUUCCACUCUGAUGCAGCACCGCAGAGUGCAUACCGGGGAGAAGCCCUAUCAGUGCGCGGAGUGUGGGAAGGCCUUCAUCCAGAGCUCCCAGCUUACCCUCCACCAGCGCGUUCACACUGGAGAGAAGCCUUACGAGUGCGGUCUCUGUGGGAAGGCCUUCAGCAGGAGAUCAGCCCUCACUCAGCAUCGGCGGGUUCACAUGGGCGAGAGCCCACAGGAAUUCGAGUGUGGCCCAGAUUUCGUCUAUGACUCCUCCAGCCACCUGUCCGCUGGAGAGAGACAUGGCGGGACCUUCAGCCACAGUGCGAAACUUGUCCUGCAGUGGACGAUCCGAAGUGAGGAAAAACCCCGGGGUUGUCGUGAGUGUGGGAAAACUUACAGCUCUUCCUCACAGUCCGUGGACUAUCAGAGAAUUCAGGCUGGAGAGAAACCCUCUACAUGCCAGGAAUGUGGUGGGAAAGCUGGGAGCGGGGUGUCGCCCCUUACUCCACACCAUGUGACUCGUGUUGGAGAGAAGCCACAAUUGAAGGAUGGAUCGGAAAGAUACUUAAUUCAAAUCAAAAAGAUUUUCCAAGAAAGACAUUUUUAAUGUGACAGAUGUGGAAAACGGUUUAGAAACUUCGCUUUAUAUUAGGUAGGAUUCCAUAAUGAAAGGUAAACUGUUACCAACAGACUGGCGAGUUAGGAGGCUGGGGCUGUGUGGCCUACUGUGUCACAACACAGCAGGCCACCUUAGCAUCGGGUCAAGUUUAGGGUUUUAUCGCAGGGUUGAAUUCCCACAAUGAAGAGCAGUUGAUGGGAGGCGUCAAGAUGAUGACGUAUCUCUUCAUGGGCGAUUGUAAUUACCCAGAGACCUGGGGGAUUAGGCUUGUCAUGUGUGAGAAUGUUGAUGAUGCUAAGGACAAGAUAUGGCCAUGGAUGGCAAGCAUGUGGAUGGUCUGGGAACCGAGGUGGCUCUGCCCGUGGCUGGUGGAACCAAAUGUAGGUUCUCUAGGCGCAGAGGAGACGGAAGCUUUGGGGAGCAGCCACUGUGAGGCCAGGGGCAAAGGCUGCAGAGACAUCAGCACAAACCAACAGCUGUGGUGACCAGAGCUGAGGGCCAACAGUGACAAGGACAGCUACAAAGAGUAAAACUCUGGCUGGAGAUUGUCCUGCUGGCUAUAUUUUAAGGUCUUUUGGUCCUCACUGAAUUAACCAUGUGCAGCGAACAAAUCUUGUGAUUUCCGUUCUCUUCCGCCUACACAGCCUGACUGCUGCCCGCUCCCAGGUAACCUCAUUACCAGACUUCCCUUUUUCACAAAGUGCUAUCCUUGUUUUGUUUUUAAACGUUUUGCCAGGCACUUGAGUGACAGAGACAGGUGGAUGGAUCUCUGUGAGUUUGAGGUCCCAGACCAACCAGGGCUACGUAGACCCUGUCUCCAAAGAAAAAAAGUAGUUUUGAAAAGUAUUUUAGAUUUCACUUUUUGUUUUUACUGUACUCCUUUUUUGUUUUUUUGUUACUGUUUUGGUUUUGAUGGGGGGCAUGGGUGCCUGUAUUCCCCCUUUCACCGUCUACUGAGGUUAUCCUGUGAGGUCGGUGCCUCCACUCUAAGAGCAAAUGGAUUCAGAAUCUACCAUUUUUUUUCCCCUUUGGAAGCUGAGCAAACUGUGUUUUUUCUCCAACGCCAUGUAACAUUUCUCAGUGAAGCAUGGUUGGAUGGGCACUAGGUUGCCGGAAUUCAGCCUGCAUACCCACCAUGCUGUGUGCCCCAGGGUCAAUGCAGACACUGGGAGGUUCUUGAUGGUGUUAAUUUAUAUUGUACUUUUUAACCGCAGGAUGUACGAAUAAGCCAUCAAUGUUGUAUUCACAUUGGCUAAGGAAUUCUUACACCCAGUUUCCUUCGACUUAAUGAUGCCAAUUAAAAAACUGUGAAAAUCA